UAAAACAAUAUACGUGUCAAUGAUAAGAAUGACUGUAUCGUGACAUAUAACUCCUGGUAAUAAUUAAUAAUAAUGUCGUCUGAUGAAAGUCUUCUGUCAAAAUAUAUUAAUAUAACUAUAGUAGUUGCGGUGUACUGGGUUACGUCAAUUUUGACAGUCUUUGUCAAUAAAACUUUGUUAUCCAGUGAUACUGUUAAUUUGGAUGCUCCAUUAUUUGUUACAUGGUUUCAGUGCAUUGUCAGUGCCGUUAUAUGCACAGUUCUGAGUGGACUUUCAAGAUGGUAUCCAAAUUACAUUACCUUCCCAAAGGGACAUCCUUACAAUUUGGAGACUGCAAAGAAGAUCUUGCCUCUUUCUAUCUUAUUCACUGCGAUGAUAGCUAGCAACAAUUUGUGCCUUAAAUAUGUAGGCGUCGCAUUUUAUUACAUAGGACGUUCAUUGACAACAGUGUUCAACGUUCUUUUCACUUAUGCCAUUCUUGGACAGAAGACUUCAACAGGCUGUAUAGUGUGUUGUGGAGUUAUUAUUAUGGGCUUUUGGCUAGGAGUGGACCAAGAAAAUGUUGCUGGAUCAUUAUCAAUCCUUGGUACAUUCUUUGGUGUCGUUGGAUCAUUAACUCUGUCUCUGUACUCGAUAUACACAAAAAGGAUACUGCCCUUUGUGAACCAGGAAAUCUGGUUACUGUCCUACUAUAAUAAUAUUUACAGCAUUGUACUUUUUCUUCCAUUAAUGCUAAUAAGCGGUGAACACAUUGUUGUUUAUAAUUAUGAUAAACUGUACGAACCAUUUUUUUGGCUUGCAAUAACUAUUGGUGGAUUAUGUGGAUUCGCUAUAGGAUACGUAACUGCUUUGCAAAUCAAAGUGACUUCUCCAUUAACGCACAAUAUCAGUGGUACUGCCAAAGCUUGUGCACAGACUGUUCUAGCAAGCUACUGGUUCCAUGAACAUAAGUCAGUACUCUGGUGGACUAGUAACGUCAUUGUUCUUGGGGGCAGUGCUGCCUACGCGAGGAUUAAACAAAUGGAUAUGGAAAAAGUCCACACUGAGCACAAAUAUGAACAACUCAAAGUAUAACGUAAAUUAUAUUUACAUUGCUGUCAAUUGAGACGAUAGUGUUUAACGUGACAAAGAUUUUAUUGUAUAAUAUAGUAUAAAAUGUAAAAUCAUUUCUAAAAAAAUAUAUUACUUAAUACAGGCGGUAUCAUUUCAUCCAGAGUUACAUUUGGAAGCGGUGCAUUUAUAUUUUGUACUUGAUCUUUCAAAAGUAAUUGAACACCUGGAAUACGUCUGGAUGAUGUGACACACCCGGUAAAAAUACUAUAAAUCAA